AUGUAUGACACAUGUCACGGGGAUGCUAGCGACAGUAAUACACAACAUCACUAUGAAUCUAAUAGUUUAUUAGGAAAUCAGAUGCGAAUAAAAGAUAUAUCAGAAAUUAUGCAAACAGCAUCAGCGCCUAUUCCAACAGCGCCUGCACACUCUUACACUCAGCUUGUGAAACCAGCCGAUGUUUCCAUCGAGCCGCGUACUGAACCAACGGAACAAGUUGAACCGGUAUUUGCACCACCUGGCCAAAAAAUAGGUAGUGUGGAGCAACAGUGGACAGCUGUUAGACCUGUAUAUCUGGUGAAGAACGCUAACGGAGAACACAAAUUCUGGAUACGAGGUCCAUACAUAACCCUCAGCUGCUUCAGAGACGUGCAGUUCCACAUCGCCCGCAUGGACGGUGUGCCGGUCGGUGCCACCAACAAACGCUGGCAGGGACUCACUCACGCCAUGUUUUUUUCGCCAGUCAUGGACAAGUUUGGGGUGGCUUUCGAACAAACACUAACAGAUGAAGAGAAAGGGCUUCUAUUGGCCGCUACGAUUCUUAUGGAUUAUAUGUAUUAUGACGUUUAAAAUAAAUUAACUCGAAU